AUGGCGCGCUUCCCACUCACAAUUCUGUUGUCCAUCCUAUCAACCCUUGUCAUCUCAAUUUCCGCUCAAAUCAACCUCCAACUCCCAGCACUACCCGGCAAACAUCUAGUCGGCACAAUCGCACUCGAGCUCAAUGUCCCAUUGAACCCCCGAGACAUCAUAGCCUCAUUCUUCUACCCGGCCGACAAGACCUGCUCCUCUUUCCCCCUCGCACCCGACUUUCCUCCUCAGAGCCUGGCCUACAUCGCAGCAGAAGCUGGUCUCCCUCCAAAUUUCCCCAUCACCGUCACCACACAGGCCCAUCUCAAAGCACCGCUAGCAUCAACGGACUUCCCAAUCUUGAUCUUCUCAACCGGGUACGGAGUCUCGAGAUUGCUGUACACAGCUGCAGCAGAAGAUCUUGCCAGUCUAGGCUACGUCGUUGUUGUCGUCGAUCAUCCUCUCGACGCCUCGUUCAUCGAAUACCCCGAUGGGAGAUUCAUCACGGUCACUCCUCCCAACUACGAAGACUUCGACGCAUAUAUCCCAUUCGUAGAUGCCCGCGUCCAAGAUAUACGGACCGUUCUGGACAGCUUGUCAAACACGACAUUCACCUCUCAAAUCCCAGGCUUGAAAUCCCGAGGCAAGAUUCAGCGUUUGCAGACUUCUAAAGUCGGGAUUCUAGGCCAUUCCCUUGGAGGUGCAACUGCCGCUUCAGCUAUGCUGGCUGAUCAGCGGUUUGUCGCGGGCGUGAAUCUCGAUGGCUCGAUCAUCGGAAAUGUGACGAAUCUGGGGCUGUCAAAACCAUUUAUGAUCAUGUCGACCGAAGGGCAUAACCGUACCAUGGACACGACGUGGGCGGAGUUCUGGACGCAUUUGAGAGGAUUUGAGAGAGAGAUUGGUGUUGCUGAGACCAGACAUGGAAGUUAUUCCGAUUACUUGGUGCUGCUGGAUGGACUUGUUGCGGCCGGUGUGCCAGUACCGCAUGAGAUCAAAGAGGUGUUUGGAGCUAUUGAGGGGAGCAGGAUGUUGGAGAUUGAGAGUGCGUACGUGGAUGCGUUUUUUAGGAAGUGGUUGAAGGGUAAGAGCGGCAGAUUGUUGAAUGGCGAGAGCAAGCGCUUUCCUGAAGUGACUUUCUUUGAUUGA